AUGGGGUCAUUGGAUGAGCAAGAGAGAAUCAAGCAACCUCACGUAGUGGUGUUCCCUUUCCCAAUCCAGGGUCAUAUUAAUCCAUUAAUGGAGUUUGCCAAGAGGCUUGUCUGCAGAAACGUCCACGUGACCUUCAUCACCACUCAGAAAAUUAGAGAGAAAAUGAUACAAGCUCAAGAUGGGGUUGCUGCUCAUGUGACCAGUGCUUUCCAUGAUAUCAGAUUUGAAACAAUUUCAGACGACCUUUCUCCUGAUUUUGAGGAGACGAAAGACAUAGGCAUGAAACUUGAUUUGUUGAAUAAGGUGGGAGUUCUUACAUUCGAACGACUAAUACAGAGGCUCAAUUCUCAAGGCCACACUGUCUCUUGCAUUGUCUACGAUCCUCCCUUAAACUGGGUGCCUCAUAUUGCAAACAAGCUUGAUAUUCCUUCAGCAUUUUUCUGGACGCAGUCAUGUGCAGUUUAUUCAAUCUGUUAUCAUUUUUAUCAAGGAAUGGUGAAUGAAAAAGAUGAAACAGAGAACGUGAUGGAUGUGAUAGCAAUACCAGGGCUUCCACAACUAUGCCAAUCAGACCUUCCAUCCUUUCUACAGCCUUCAAAUACAGGUGAUCCAUUGUUGCCACUGGUGAUGAACACAUUUAGUACGAUUUCCCAGGCCACAUGGGUACUGGGAAACUCCUUUGAUGAGUUGGAAAUGAGAGAGUUUCAAUCCAUGGAUUCACUCAUUCCAAUCCGAACAGUAGGUCCUCUUGUCCCAUCAGCUUUCCUAGAUGGAAACAAUCCACAAGACCAAGACGUUGGCAUACAUCUUUGGAAAGCAACAAAUUGUAUAGAUUGGCUCAAUAAAAAGGCAGCUUCAACUGUUGUAUAUGUUUCCUUUGGCAGUUUAGCGAUCCUUUCCAAUGAGCAGAUCAAAGAAAUAGCUCUUGGGUUGAAGGCCAGUAGGCAUUCCUUUUUGUGGGUGAUUCGUCCUGAUCUUAACAAAGAAGAAAAUAACAAUGUACAUGAUUCUCUAAAGGAUUUCCUUGAGGAAACUAUAGAUCAAGGGCUAGUUGUGUCAUGGUGUCCACAAAUGGCAGUUCUUAAUCAUCCUUCUGUGGGUAUGUUUUUCACCCACUGUGGAUGGAAUUCGACAUUAGAGAGCCUCAGCUCAGGGUUACCUGUUGUAACUAUUUCUCAAUGCAGCGACCAAACAACUAAUUCUAAGUAUAUUGAAGAGGUGUGGAAGACUGGGAUAAGAUUGAAUAAAAUAGGAAAAGGGUUAGUCGGGAGAGAUGAUGUGGAGAAAUCUAUAUGGACAGUUAUGGAAAGUGAGGAAGGUGUGGAAUUGAAGAAGAAUGCUCUGCAAUGGAAGAUAUUAGCAAAGAAAGCAAUGGUGAAAGAUGGAUCUUCUGAUAAGAAUAUCGAUUAUUUUAUUGAUGAAGUCAUUGCUAGAAUGGUUGGAACUUGA